GACAGCCUAAGACAGGAUGCAGCUGCAGUCUUCUCAAACCGCAGCCGCUGACCUUAGAGGGAAGAGACCCGACCUGCCCUCCAGGCGACCGGCGCUCGGCUCCCAGAGGCGCCGCGCAGCUCCCUCAGCGGCAGUCACAGCCGGCUGGCGCGCGCCCUGCACGCGCGCACGCAGGGCCUCGGCGCGCGGACCCGGCUCUCAGGCGCCGCGGUAGAGAAUCUCACUCGCUGGGCGCGCGGCCCAUGCGCCCCGGCGUCGGCCGCAUUUUUCAAUACAUGGCCCCCUCGGAAAGUGCCUGUCUCGUCAAUGGAAGGGUCCUCGUUUUUACAAAAACAUUUCCCUCCAGAAAUAUGCAUAGCACGGCACGGAAGGCUUUUUUCUCUAGGAAGUGGAAUGAUGAUAGUCCGACCAGGUCAGGACGGACAUGCGAGUAGUUAGAUCUAAGCAGGCACUGUUAAGGACAGUUGCAUCCGGGCCCUCCUGUCGCAGGCUGCCCUCCCAGCCAAGGGUCCUUCAGGUAGGAGGUCCUAGGUGACUUUGGAAGUCCGCACAGGGUCAGUGCAGAUACUACUUAGCCCGGAGCUUGGUGGCUGGGCUCAUUUUCUUCUUUCCAAUCGGAGGUCUCUGCCGCAAACAUGCUCCGCCACAUCUUAGGUCAGGCCAAGAAGCAUCCGAGCUUGAUCCCGCUCUUUGUAUUUAUUGGAGCUGGAGGUGGGGGAGCAGCCCUGUAUCUCUUGCGUUUGGCAUUGUUCAAUCCAGAUGUUUGUUGGGACAGAAAGAAUAACCCAGAGCCCUGGAACAAACUAGGUCCCAAUGAUCAAUAUAAGUUCUACUCUGUGAAUGUGGAUUAUAGCAAACUGAAGAAAGAACGUCCAGAUUUCUAAGUGAAAUGUAAAGCUGCUUUAAAAUGAAGGUCUUCCAGAAGCCAUCCGCACAAUUUUCCACUGAACCAGGAAAUAUUUCUUCUCUAAAUGCAUGAAAUCAUGUUAAUGUAAUCUAUUGCUGAUUACACUGAUUAAUAAAUAACUGAAACUUGA